UGCAAGCUCAACAGUCUUUAGGCGUACAGCUGAUCGCGAGACGAGGCUGAAGCAAGCGCAUCCCUCCGCACAAAAGGAUCCUCCGUGAAAAAAUCCUCCUUCCAGGAGAUCCCUAGAUACCAUGAGUGAGUGACGGCGAGUGAUGAUCGAGUGAUCGCGCGGGUUUUCCGCGAGUGAAGAUCGGGAAGAUCAUUUUGCGGGUUCGGGACUGAACGAGCUUUCGGGCUAGUCGUCGGAAUGUCAUCGAGAUAGCGAGACGAAGUUCUUUCUCUCUGGAAAACCGAAUGCACGGACGGUCCAUUUAGAUGCCGCGCAGCCUCCUCUUUUUCCUCCUUGCUCCAUUUUCGCCACAGCGGAUCGAAAGAUUUGAGCUUUCAAGCUGAAGAACGAUUCACGAUUCUGAAAAUUGAAGGAUUUAGAUAUACACCAGAGAGAAAUCAUUUCAGGAUUGAGGAUUAUCUGUUUUCGAGAAUAUAUAUAUAUAUAUAUAUAUAUAUAUAUAUAUAUAUAUAUACUACCAAGGAGAUCCGAAAGCUCUGUACAAAUCAAGGAUCAGAGCUUAGUUUCUAAGGACUUAUAAACUGUAGCUUUGGAUUUAGAGCUUUUAGCUUUGAGCUCAAGAAUUUCCAAGAGCUCUUUGUAACGUCUUCCAGCGGAAGGAUGCUGUUGAACAAUUCAUCAUGAUUUCUCGUGCGUUUAACAAUUCGUAAAUCUUCGUAAUUGUCGGUCGAUGUCGGUGGAAAUCGUAGUAUUAAUUCAGAAGAGCGACAGAUUGAAAGCUCCUGCUGCCGUCAGGACGCUCGAUAAUUGCGAGAGACACAUACAAUGGCCAGCGAAAGGAUAUCAGGACGAUACAGGACAUCGUUACCAGUUCCGGGUCAUUCCGAAGUAAAUCUCUGCUCGGUGCUGUCGCUGGGCAAGGACCUCAGUAAGAUCACCAUGCCGGUCAUCUUUAAUGAGCCCCUCUCUUUCCUGCAGCGCGUCGCGGAAUACAUGGAAUAUGCCAGAUUGCUCAAGCAGGCAUCCCAGGAACAAUCGCCCAUCUUGAGGCUUCAGUACGUCGCGGCUUUCGCUGUGAGUGCUCUCGCCUCGAACUGGGAACGUCUCGGCAAACCAUUCAAUCCUAUCUUGGGAGAAACAUACGAGCUGCAACGCGAGGAUUUUCGGAUAAUAUGCGAGCAGGUAUCACAUCAUCCUCCGGUAUCCGCAUUCUACGCCGACAGCGAGGACUUCAUCUUUCAUGGCAGUAUCCAUCCGAAGUUGAAAUUCUGGGGAAAAUCGAUAGAGGUGCAUCCGAAAGGGGUGGUUACUGUUGAGUUACCCAAGUGGAAAGAGGCUUAUACAUGGCAAAAUGUCAAUUGUAUCCUCCACAAUGUCCUGGUGGGCCAGUUGUGGAUGGAGCAACUGGGCGCUUUGGAGAUCAAGCAAUACGGUGGAGACAAUCUGAGAGCCACAUUAUCUUUUAAAAGCGGCACUUGGAACGGCAAAGACCUCCAUCGUGUUGAAGGUUUCAUAACGGACCAAGAGAAAAGGAAGUUAGUCUUUCUUUAUGGCAAAUGGACCGAAAGAUUACGAUCUUGCGAACCCUUGUUUUACGAGGAAACACUGGAGAAACUCAAAAGGGAAGCCAAAAGUCCUCAGGGUAGUCCAGGACAUAAAAAGGUUCUGGCAAAGCUCCACAGUCUCAAGGUCGGAGCCUUCAAGCCUUUACAUCAGGAUGCGAUAGACGAGUCCUCGGCCAGCAUGGAUGGCGACGACACACCGGUGGUGGAGGAGAUUCCAGGGUCUACUACACUAUGGGAAGCCACGCCGAGGCCCAGCAACAGUUCAGACUACUUCCAAUUCACGACAUUUGCGAUGUCGUUGAACGAGCUGGAACCUAACAUGGAAGAAAUCCUAUGCUCGACCGACUCCAGAUUGAGGCCGGAUAUCCGGAAGCUAGAGAUGGGUGAUCAGGACGGAGCAGCAGCUGAAAAAAUCAGGCUCGAGGAAAAGCAAAGAGAUUCCCGCAAAGUACGGAAACACAAGAAAGGACACGAAUAUUCUCCCAGAUGGUUCCAGUCUGGUACGAAUCCUUAUACGGGCCAGGAAGACUGGUUAUAUCAAGGCGGAUAUUGGGACCGUAAUUACACUGACGUCGAGGACAUCUUCUAAUGAAAAUGGAGCUCGUUAGCUUCCAUCAAAGCUUCCUUCGACGCUCGUGGAAAUCAGUAAUCGGACGUCGUUAGUGCAAAGUUAUAAAUAAGUUGCCUAAGAGGACAGGUGCGUAGAUCGAUAAUAGGCACCUUUUAGAGGUCGAUGUCUCUGUGUAAAGUAAUUAAAGGUGAAUUGUGCGUGAUUUCCUCACAGUACAGAGCUCCGACAUUAUUUUUAUAAAAAGCCAAGUCGGACGACCUGAAAGGUGAUUCUUUCGUACCAUCCGUGCUCAAAUAAUUCAAUACGAAACGAUAAAAGAACAAUUCAAGAUGCAUAAAAUACAAUUAUUAAUUCGCAAUUAUUUAUUUUAAAAACACUUUCAAUAUAAUUUCAUUAUGAAGUAAAAACUUUCUAAUCAAAGCUAUGUUUCUGCCGGUAUCUAUUUCUUUUGUUUUUAAGUGUAUCUCAAUUAAACAACUAUACAUAAUUGUUCAAAAAUGAUUUAAAUUCAAAGAAAUAAUCUGAUAAGAAAUCCGGUAAGAAAUUUGAUAUUACAAAUUAAGAAAGAUUCGCAAUCACAUAUAAAUUUUUCUUUAAGUGAUUCCAUUGAACUCUUUGAGCAGGGAAGUUCUCAUAGAUUUCCAUGUAAAUACGUAGCGACUGUAUAAAAUAUCUGUACCAAAGUCAGAUGAGCCGAACGAAUUUACGAGACAGCUUCGUAUCGAUCAAGCAAUAAUUUACCGUGGAUUUUCAUGUGUUUUGCAUUAUUUUCAAAUCUGGAGGCAAAAGAUCUCCAAACAAUUAUCAAAGGUUUUAGGAAACCGUCAAAAUAAAUAUCAAGCGAGAUUUCAGGAAUUACAAAUUUUGGUGCCAAGGAUUUUAGAAGCUGUAAAUUUAAUAUAAAUCUACAAAAAGGAUCUAAAAGAGAGAUGAGCUGAAAUUCGUGGGAAAUAAAUUGACAAAAUUUGUAAGCAAAAUUUUAAGAAAAGAUUAAGAACAGAUUAACGUUCUACGAAUCCGAGACCUUACUUCCGAGAUCCAGUAGCGGUAUUUAAUUUAUCCGGUAGCUCAAAUUAUUAUUAAAUGAUGUCACUCGCAAUUAGAUCAGUGAGUCAACACGAUUCUAAAUAUAAGAUGUAUCAGAAUCAAUCAAAGAUGACUUUAUAUUUGAUACGACCUAUACUCCGAAUAAUCAAACCGUAAUCUAUCGUAUGAAUUUAUUAUUAUCGCAACUUGGCGCGAUGUUUCUUAAAAUAUUAGCGAAAAAAUAUCACUGAUGCAGAGCAGAAUACCGCUACAGGAUGAAAAGAAAAAUCGAUACGUAGUAUUCACCGAACACACACGUUGCUUCCUGAUCAAGUAGAUGUAUUAUUUACGCGACAGAUGCUUCCUGAAACGGACAUUUAGAUAAAUGUGUUGCGUACCUUUCUCUCUCUUUUUUUUCUCAUGUAUGCAUUGUGUGACAAGCUUAAUUUAGGAAUGAUGACAAUAAUUUGUUGAGGUUCUCGAAAGGCAGAAAUUGUUUGACUCACAUAAAAACAUAUCUGAAUUCUAAACCAUGCUAUAUAAGCUGAGUCUUGUCUCAAACCAACUAUCACAGUCUGUUUAAAGAAAUAUAUAGUAAUCGGAAAAAUUAUAUUUUCCAAAACUUACUGUGUGGAAAAAGUCUUUUAGUACGAAUUGUAUGUUAUAAGAAUAAUGAAGAUAGCGAGACGAUGCUAUAGAGUUCUUUCUUUUUCCGUAAAAUUGUGUGACUUUGGAAUUCGAAUAGGUGUUAGAUCGUGUUUUUGGAAUUUAGUAUGAUUUGGGAUUCAGAUUCUCGAAUUAUGUAUAUGCUCCCUUCGGUCUGUCGAAUUGAUAAUAUAACACGCUGCAGGCGAUAACUCUCGCGGCUGAUAAGCAAAACUGCGCAAUUUCCAUGUAUACGAAAACGCAUAUCGCGUCGUCGUGUGAAUGAUUUGCGAUUAUAAAAUUACACUUGUGUGCACACAAAUGUUAUAUGUGCACCCGAUAGAAUUUCUACGCUUCCUUAAUAAUUUGCUUCCCGACGGCGCAAAUUUAUAUUGAUGAUAAUAAUACACAUAUGGUAUGAUAAUGACGAUAUCCGAUCAUCUCUGAGAACCUUGUCAUUGUUAUAAUGAUCGCACACGUAAUUUGUAGGGACUCGUUGUGUUUGCGUUGCAUAGAUCCGCCGUGUGUAAUUGUACAUAGACAAUAUAGUUACAUUAGAAAUAAAUGUUGUUAAAAAAGUU